ACGUCAGCUGCCGUCGUGUCGGAAUUGGAAUGUUACCGACUAACAAUCGGAACAACUGAGCACUCGGUAAUUGAACACUAGGAUCAAGGAAUCCCGUCUUUAUGAACAUUUUCUCAGCUAUUUACCCAGUCUGAGAUUAGCGUUUGUUUCCUCGUGUCGACCGGAUAACUUCGCCUGCUGCGGGGCUCCCCGCCGAUCCGGUUUUUAUUCUAAAUCAGCGGGUAUGUGUGGAGGUUGUAAUAAAUAAGAAGAGAAAUGCAGGGAUUCGUCAGGUUACAGUCGGACCGCUGAGCUUCCCCUGCGCUGCGACGCUUCCGCUGGUUUUUUGCUUCUCUUUACACGGGACCAUGGAGUGAUAAAAGAGGGGGGAUAGGACGAAAUCACCCCGAGGCAUUUAGAUCCGAGCGCCGCGGGCACAACGUCGGGUUUUUACACUCCCUGGUCAAUGUGUUACCGAAUUUAACACCCUAACCGGGGUAUACCUUUCCGUCUGUGAGAGCCUCGGGGACCCCUGCCGCUGUUCAUCCAGGGGGAGAGAGUUCCUAGACGACUGUCGGACAGUUUUCCAUUUGAAUAGCCCACACCGCCAGCCUGAAUGAGAGUGAGAAGGAGCGCAGGGGAAGAGAGUCGCUGCAUGUGAUUGUGUCCGAGAGGGUCCGGUCAGCACUGGUCUUAUUAGCUGCACCCAAGCCCCUCUGUAGGCACCGUGCGAUAUGGUGAAACUCUACAGAAGAGGGAGCACGGGACAAUACUUUUAAAAUCGCCCACAUGCACUGGAUCAAUUGCUGGAUUUGGGAACCGAAUACGCAGAAGGGGGGCUGGGGAUCCUUGGAGGCUGCCGGAGGAUGGAGCGGUGUAGCCUGGGUUGGUGAGAGCCUAACUUCGGGCCAAUUUACAUUUCUUAUUCCUAAACAACUCGCCCCUGUUCCCAGGACACAUGCAGGCCAAAAAACGCUACCUGAUCCUGCUCUCCGCCGGUGCAUGUCUAGUGCUUCUCUUCUACCUCGGAGGGGUUCAACUUCCAGCGGCGGGCAGGAGCCGGCACGACCGCAGCCGAAAUGGGUACCGGCCCGACCAGCCCUGGCCUCACUUCUCAGACCCUUUACAUCUUUUCCUGCCCUGGGAUCAGACGGACAACGAGGAGUACAACCUGCACAUCUCCCCGACGCAGAAGAGGGACGUCAACACGAGUGUUUACAAAGGCAAACGCUGCCGCAUGGACUCAUGCUUUGAUUUCUCUCUGUGUCAAAAGAACGGAUUCAAAGUUUAUGUUUACCCACAGCAGAAGGGGGAGAAGAUCUCAGAGAGUUAUCAGAAUAUUUUAUCGACCAUUGAGGGGUCCAGGUUUUACACCUCAGACCCCGGACAGGCUUGUCUGUUCGUUCUGAGUCUGGACACUCUAGACCGGGACCAGCUGUCCCCGCAAUACGUCCACAACCUGAAGACCAAGGUUCAGAACCUGCCUCUGUGGAACGACGGCAGGAACCACCUCAUAUUUAACUUGUACUCGGGGACGUGGCCGGACUAUACGGAAGACCUGGGCUUUGAUAUCGGUCAGGCCAUGUUGGCCAAGGCCAGCAUCAACACCGAGAACUUCAGGCCCAACUUCGACGUGUCCAUCCCCCUUUUCUCCAAGGACCACCCGAGGACCGGCGGAGAGAGGGGGUACCUCAAAUACAACUCCAUCCCGCCUUUUAGAAAAUACAUGCUGGUGUUCAAGGGGAAGCGCUACCUGACAGGUAUCGGCUCGGACACCAGGAAUGCCUUACAUCACGUCCACAACGCAGAGGAUGUGGUGCUGCUCACCACCUGCAAGCAUGGCAAAGACUGGCAGAAGCACAAGGACGCACGCUGUGACAAGGACAACGCAGAGUAUGACAAGUACGACUACAAGGAGAUGCUCCACAACUCCACCUUCUGUUUGGUGCCCCGUGGCAGACGACUGGGCUCCUUUCGCUUCCUCGAGGCUCUGCAGGCUGCAUGUGUGCCGGUAAUGCUGAGUAACGGCUGGGAGCUGCCUUUCUCCGAGAUCAUUGACUGGAACACAGCCGCAGUCAUUGGCGACGAGAGGCUCCUGCUGCAGAUUCCGACCACCGUGCGCUCCAUCCACCAGGAUAAGAUCUUGUCCCUCAGACAGCAAACUCAGUUUCUCUGGGAGGCGUACUUCUCCUCUGUGGAAAAGAUAGUGCUGACCACACUGGAGAUCAUCCAGGACCGUGUGUUGGAGCACGGCUCCAGGAGCAGCCUUAUGUGGAACAGUCACCCCGGGGGACUCUUCACCCUGCCGCAGUACUCUGGAUACCUGGGAGACUUCCCUUUCUACUACGCCACACUGGGUAUUAAACCGUACCCCAAGUUCACAGCGGUCAUCCAUGCCGUCUCCCCACUGGUGUCCCAGUCGCAGCCCAUACUCAAGCUCCUGGUAGCUGUGGCCAAGUCCCAGUACUGUGCACAGAUCAUUGUCCUGUGGAACUGUGACAAGCCUCUCCCUGCGAAGCACCGCUGGCCGGCCACCUCAGUGCCCGUCAUCGUCAUUGAGGGAGAGAAUAAGGUGAUGAGCAGUCGUUUCUUGCCCUACGACACCAUAGUGACCGAUGCUGUCCUCAGCCUGGAUGAAGACACAGUGUUGUCCACCACAGAGGUGGACUUUGCCUUCACUGUCUGGCAGAGCUUUCCAGAGCGAAUCGUAGGUUACCCCGCUCGCAGCCACUUCUGGGACAGCAACAAGGAGCGUUGGGGCUACACAUCUAAAUGGACCAACGAUUAUUCGAUGGUGCUGACUGGGGCCGCCAUCUACCACAGGUAUUACCACUACCUGUACACGAACUACUUACCCACAAGUCUGAAGAGCAUGGUGGACCAGCUAGCCAACUGUGAGGACAUCCUGAUGAACAUCCUGGUCUCUGCUGUCACCAAGCUGCCACCAAUCAAGGUCACGCAGAAGAAACAAUACAAGGAGACCAUGAUGGGACAGUCUUCGAGGGCUUCUCGCUGGGCCGAUCCAGACCACUUUGCCCAGCGGCAAACUUGCAUGAACAAGUUCGCCAGCUGGUUUGGCGCCAUGCCGCUGGUCCACUCGCAGAUGAGACUGGAUCCUGUCUUGUUCAAGGACCAGGUCUCCAUUCUCCGCAAGAAAUACAGGGACAUCGAGAGGCUCUGACAGGACAAGCGCCCCCUUGGGGGAGACCCCACGCAGGGGGAGGUGCGAGAGCGAGACUCUGUGGAGAGUAGGAGGAGUAGUAAGACUACAGCAGGAUGGACAGGGAGCGACACAGCUCUGUCUUCCACUCAGCACAUUGCCAAUGACCACAGCGCCGCUGCUGCCAGGACUUGAUGCGGGAAGGGAUGAAUAGGAAACAAGCAGAUGGCGUUUGGAUAUGAAAUACACAAACAAAAACCGCAAACACAGACAGAUAAAGAGGAGUACACAAACUGAUGGACAUGCCAAACAGUACUGUAUGUUUUGCAAAUGUGCAAACACGCAGCACACACUACUGACGACGAGAACUCUUGGAUAGAAUAUUUUUUUGUACGACAUGAACAAGGACGACAUUGACUUUCCUGCUCUCUCGGCACAUGUGCAGGAUGGUAGAAGAUGGAAGGUGGCCAACAUCGCAAACCUGGCAACCCCGCCCACCAUAAAUCCUAGCGGUCGCCCCUAGCAACCCUCCCCAGUCUGCAUCAGGACUUAAUACUGGACUCUAAUACCCUCUGCUUUAUAGCCCAGGAAACCCUGUUAUCUAGUUGAUUUGAUUUCUGUACAAAUCAGCACUCUGGUAACAAUGUUGACCCUUUGUCCUCUCUGAGAGGUUUGAAAUCAGAGCGUCAACAGUUUAAUAUUUCCAUUCUCAAAGGCAGAAAUGGUAAACAGCGGAAUCCAACCUGUCAUUACUGUGGCCUGAUAGCAAAGCAGCCAUUAUUUCUAAGAUUCUAAGCUAUCGACACACAUCCUUGAGCCUGGAGUCUGAAAACAUCCUGUCUGUCCUAUCCUUGGCUCAUUCCUUGAUGUGCUGAUAUGGCUUUUAUAAUGGUCUAUCUGCUUCCCUGUUAUCACUAAGAUAAACUAGAAAAACAUCUCGUUUCAUAUCCCAUUUUCCUCUCAUACUCGGCAUGGCAGUUGUACUUUUCUCAUCUUUUUUUCCCCUCACUUACUUUCAUCAUCUUAUUUCCCUCCUCAAACUCUCUGUACUUUCACUCUUCUGUGUGCGUGAGUGUGUGUGUGCGUGUUGUUGUGUACAGAGCCUUGAAAAGUUGGCUCAUCCAACCAUAAGCUCAAGCGGAGUACAUUUUUCCUCCGUUGCAAUGAGCGAAAUGAACAUUUCUGGAUGAAAUGGAGCAGAACGUUGCAUUCUAACCCAAACUCGUUUCACCAAUUUAUUACUUCCUGCAAUGGAAAAAAAUUUCAGACCAUUGCAGGUCUUUAGUGACCAGUGUCAUUUCACAGGAGUGCUUGUAGAGAGAUUUUUAACGCUGAGCACUUCAGUGCCAUUCUGACAUCAGGGUCUGCCUUUAAAAUUGUCUAUUGCACGUCACGUUGCCUACAUCAUUUUGAGAUGCCUAGAUGCUCUCGUGUUCUAGUCAUCAGUCCAAUGUGGCUAUCCGGCCGCCAUGAUUUUUUUUUCCCCGUGACAUAUCAGAGGACCUCAGAGCCAUUAAAUUGACGAAAGGUUUUCUCCUCCAUUUGUCAGGCUGAGAUACGUUUUUGCUGCAAUUAGGUAAUCCUUUUUCAUUUGGAGUGCUGUUUUAUUCCCAGGGGACAAGCUGCUGACAAAACACUAACAUUAUGGACCAUUGUGUUGUGAAAACAGUGACCCCCACACAUGACCUGCCGGCUAUUGUUAGCCUUGGAAGGACAGCUUUUUAUCCCCCCCCACCUCCCCUGUGUCACCCUGACUGUGGCUGUUACUCACAUCGCUGUCGUAUCCACAUCAAACUGCCUGACAUUUUGCACCUUAAAUGACUUUAUUGCCAUUGAACAACCAGAUCAAAAUGCUAAAAUAACUAGCUAUCUCGAGUUUUAAUCAAUCAUUUUGGAGAGAAAAUGUUGUGUAGCAAAGCUGCUACGCGCUGUCAUUAGGUCUGCAUGCAGCAUGCGGCCGAGAACACAGGCAGCCCACUCUCACAUUCAGUUCGCAGACACUUGAAUGAAAGCAGCGUGCUUUUAGUGGCCUUUCUGUCGGGCAGGCAUUCAGCAUGUCUCAGCCAAAGCUUUUCAGUGUGUUUGUGUUAAUCAGUAGCUGACAUCACACAUCAAUAUCGAACAUUUCACAUACGACUGUUUUACUCUGGGGGGGUUUUCAUCGAUUUGUUUUCAUUUUGUUCAACAAAUAGUUAAUUUCAAAUGUAUAUUAAAGCCUUUAUAAUGUCGACAAAUGUUCAUACGAUGAAGUGUCAUAUCCAAAUACUACUACGGUACAACUUCUCUGUUUCAGCGAAUCAUAUCAAACCCAGCAGGACUAUCAUGUUUUCUCACAUCAUUGUUUUUAAUUUCAUGUUUGUAUUUACAUUCUGAAAGUUAAAAGUUUGGAGUGUUUGUUUGCCAGGAGAGCUUUAUAGCGUCACAACAGUAAAUGUUCACUCAUCUGCAAUACGUGAUUCCAGGCUGAAAAAAAACCUACUCCUCCCUUGGUCUGCAUCUGGUCCCUAUUUCAUCUUCACAGAACCAUAUUGUUUGAAUCCAUAAUCAAGCUUUUAUGUGUGAUCGUUUGAAUCACUGUUGUUGAUCAUCUCAAGAGAACCACGCCCCCCAAGCUUUGCAGAUAUUUCACACACAUGAAAAACCAACCCACGGCCCAUUUCAAAUCCCUGUGACUCUCAGCACUGUACAUAGGCAUAUAUUUAUUUUUUGGGAAAAACAAAAAACAGACUGUGUACGAUUUAAGACGUGUUGAGAACCUUAGACUGAUCCUGCAUCACUGAGGGGAGUUAAUGGUAUUUAUUCAGUUUAUUUUCCACACGCUGUGCACAUUAAUCCGCAAAGAUGCCAGAUACAGCUCACAUUAUGUUUCACUCUGCAUUGGUUUUUCAGGGAAACGUAUAUCACGCUCUUACUCAUACAGAACUCCCCAAGAGAGAUAUAACAUUUUCAGUCGUAGUGUAGUGGUGGAGUUUUAACUCCCGAAAAAACUGCAUACACCAGUGAUCUAGAAUUGGAUUGGGCCGCACCAUCUUGGCUCUCUGUGGGAGGCAAAUUGCAAAGUCCCAAUAAAGACUACGCCAACUGAAACAUGGAAAGUAAUAAGCAGCUGGGUCCCCUGUACCAGAUGGAAACAUUUUCAGAUUCUGCUGUUAAUACCCCCCCCCCCCAUGCUUUAUAAUAAUGGGUCUGAGGCUGUGACAUAGUUGUUUAAAUUGCCUCUUUCAAAAGUUGGUUUCAGGUCAGAUAACUUGGCAGCAGAAACGCCACCAUCUUUCAGUUGGCGUGCCGCACAAUGCAUCAUCGAGUCCAGAGCUUUAGUCAGAGUGUGAUGGCCACCAGGAAAACCUCUGCAUGCGCUAAAACGCCUCUGUCAUUUGAUCAGAAGGGAAUAUUAUGCAAGUUAUCAUUGUGUGCUUCAAAAUAGAUGGAAAGAAGGUUUAUGAAAAAUGUGCCAGCCAGUUGGUGUUUAUAGUGGCGGCGUGUGCUGGAAACUGGUCUGUAAUUGAUUUGUGCCUUUUAUCAACGUGUGAGUUCUUGACAUGCCGAGCACUGUCUGUCCAAGGCUUGUUGUUUCCAGUAGACGGGCAGCAAUAGCACCAUACGCAGGGGCCCGAACAGCCCUGCCUUCAUACACUGGAUGAGUCACAGCUUCCAUUCUCUUUCUAUAAUGCCCUGUUUUCAUCUUUGUGUUUGGGACACUGUUGCUAAGGCGACAACGUAUGACCACUUCCUGUUUUGGGAUUAUUUAUCAGUGAUUGGCUGUAUCACAUUACCAAUCGGCAGUAAUAUCUGUUGAUCUGUAAGGACUCGGUCAAACCCAGCUGUCCUGAUGCCUUCUCCUCCCUCCUACCGUGUAAUUAACAGAAGACUUUUAUAGAGGUCACAAAUGAAAUAGAUAAAUGCCAAUUUUGUAAGAAUGAUUUAUAAAAAAAUAAACUCAUAUUUGAUGAUAA